AUGGCUGGCGAUAAGGCGUUUAGGGCUCUGCUAGUGCUGGUUCUUGUGGCGGUGGCAGUUGUGGCGCAAGAGGUUCAAGGCCCAGCUCACCAUGUGGUCGGCGGAAACCGCCGUUGGGACUCUGAUUCCGACAUCGGUUCUUGGUUGUCCGGCCGAGUCUUCAGGGUUGGUGACAAACUCUGGUUUACCUACUCAGUACCACAGGAAAGCAUCGUGGAGCUGCAGAGUCUGGAUGAAUUUCAAUCGUGUGAUCUCUCUAACCCUAUCAAGAUGUACACGGACGGUGUAGAUCAAAUUCCACUUGAAAGGGAAGGGAAUAGGUAUUUUGUGAUUGGGAACCAGGAAAAUUGCAAUAAUGGUUUGAAACUACACGUUGACGUGAAGCCUUCGGAGCCGCUGCCGUUGCCUACAUUUCCGCCUCCAUCGGAGCCUAAGCCGUUUACGCCGUCUCCACCGGAACCUAAGCCAAUUUUUCCUCCACGGGAGCCUACAUUUCCGCCUCCAUCAGAGCCUAAGCCGUUUACGCCUCCUCCACCGGUUCCUAAGCCGUUUACGCCUCCUCCACCGGUUCCUAAGCCGUUUUUUCCUCCUCCACCGGUUCCCAAGCCGUUUACGCCUCCUCCACCGGUUCCCAAGCCGUUUACGCCUCCUCCACCAGAGCCUAAGCCAUUUUUCCCUCCUCCACCGGUUCCCAAGCCGUUUACGCCUCCUCCACCAGAGCCUAAGCCAUUUUUCCCUCCUCCACCGGUUCCCAAGCCGUUUACGCCUCCUCCACCAGAGCCUAAGCCAUUUUUCCCUCCUCCACCGGUUCCCAAGCCGUUUACGCCUCCUCCACCAGAGCCUAAGCCAUUUUUCCCUCCUCCACCGGUUCCCAAGCCGUUUACGCCUCCUCCACCAGAGCCUAAGCCAUUUUUCCCUCCUCCACCGGUUCCCAAGCCGUUUACGCCUCCUCCACCAGAGCCUAAGCCAUUUUUCCCUCCUCCACCGGUUCCCAAGCCGUUUACGCCUCCUCCACCAGAGCCUAAGCCAUUUUUCCCUCCUCCACCGGUUCCCAAGCCGUUUACGCCUCCUCCACCAGAGCCUAAGCCAUUUUUCCCUCCUCCACCGGUUCCCAAGCCGUUUACGCCUCCUCCACCAGAGCCUAAGCCAUUUUUCCCUCCUCCACCGGUUCCCAAGCCGUUUACGCCUCCUCCACCAGAGCCUAAGCCAUUUUUCCCUCCUCCACCGGUUCCCAAGCCGUUUACGCCUCCUCCACCAGAGCCUAAGCCAUUUUUCCCUCCUCCACCGGUUCCCAAGCCGUUUACGCCUCCUCCACCAGAGCCUAAGCCAUUUUUCCCUCCUCCACCGGUUCCCAAGCCGUUUACGCCUCCUCCACCAGAGCCUAAGCCAUUUUUCCCUCCUCCACCGGUUCCCAAGCCAUUUACGCCUCCUCCACCAGAGCCUAAGCCAUUUUUUCAACCUCCACCGGCUCCUAUGCCAUUUUCGCCUCCUCCACCGGUUCCUAAGGCAUCUCCGCCUCCUCCACCGGUACCUAAGCCAUCUCCGCCUCCUCCACCGGCGCCUAAGCCAUCUCCGCCUCCUCCUAAGCCAUCUCCACCUCCACCGGAGCCGAAGCCCGAGCCCGAGCCAGUGCCGGACACACCACCCUCGGGCUCGACCCAAUUGAAUGGACUUUCCUUGGGGCUGUUUGUUGGGUUUCUUCUUUGCUUCUUGGGCCAGUCUGUGGGACUGUAG